AAGAAUGAGAAAUCAAAAGACUAGACCAUUUAAAGAUCAGUUUUUUUCUUUAUAAGAAGAGGGACGGUACGUCGAUUGAAAGCUAAAGUUCAGAUCAAUCAGUUCUUUUGAAGAAUCCCAAAUUUGCUGAAAAUGGCCGAAGGAGAUCAUAGGCAUGAAGAGUACUAUGUGAAUGCAAUUGUGUUUGAUGAUGAAGAGCUGAACAACAUGAGUGAACUCGAGAGAGGACCAGAUUUCAUUGAGGUCAAAUGCGGAUACACUAAUAAAAAGUACGGUGAUUUCGUCGGAAAGCUUAGGAUUUCUGUCUCUGGUCAUUUUGUGAUCGAUUGCAAGUGCUACCCCGAAUGCUCGAAAGCAACUUUAACUCCUGAUAAUUUCCUGAAACAUUGCGGGAAAUUAGGGACGAGAAACUGGAAACGUAACAUUUGGAUCAUUGUUAACGACGAGAAGGUUUCUCUCCGUAAGACCGUUCUGCUCAAUUACUACAGAAAUGCAUCAAAUAUCAGUACUGGCCCAAAAAACUCCAAACGGGAACGAAAAUUUCAUCGCGAUGAAUUUAUAAAAUGUUCAACAUGUAGUAAGGAGCGCAGAUUUCGUCAACGAAAUCGUGAGGAACGUAGGAUAUACCAUGAUGCAUUGGCCAAUGAGAGGUGGAGAUGUGCUGAUCGGCCUUAUGAUAAGAUAACCUGCGCUGAUGAAGAAGAGAGGGUAUGCCGUAAAAUCUGCAGGGGCUGUCCUCGUUCUGCGACAUGCUCGGGCUGCCCCUCUUGUGUUUGUUUCGGCUGCCUCAAGUGCCGCUUUUUAGACUGCGAAUGCCGCACUUGUGUUGACUUCAUACAGAAUGCAGAACCUUAAUAAUUAGGUCUGGUCCCCAGAGUCAUCGAUUCUUCUUCGCUUAGUUUUUUUGAUCAAGUUCAAAAGAACGAAUGUUUUAGUUCUUGAAAGUCCUUCAGUUUUGUUUUCGUCUUGAAGAAAUAAUAAUUAUUGUGUAGUUUACAAAAUAUAAUCUGUCUGUUCAAAUUGUUGCGUCAAUUAAUGGCUUGGAACUUCAAUGAAAGCAUUCUUCAUGCUUACAAAUUAGCUG